GGUGGUUGCUCUACUGUCUGAAAGUUUGAACUUUAUUUAUAAAUGCUUAAAAAAUGAUUUACGUGAUAAUUUAUUUUAGAAAAUAUGUUGGUCUUUAAACAGUGUAUAUAAAUAUGUCGGCUGUAGGAUUUGGGGACGAACUUGUUCGGGACUAUUUAGUAUUUCGUGGAUUUUUAUCUGCGUUAAAAGCUUUUGACAGCGAAGUCAAAGCGGAUAAGGACAGAGGAUUUCGACCUGAUCGCAUAGUGGAACAUUUAAGCAGCUGUAUCGUUAACUUAGACCUAACAGCCUUAAGAGAAGCAUGGGCUCAUUUGGACCAAAGAUUUUUUUCAAGAUUGGAGUACUCUUUUCUUGGUACUGCGAGAAAAUUAGAAGUUGCUCUUUUACGCAUGUACUUGGUAACUUGCAUUUCAUCUGGUCGUCAGGAUAAACUGUUAGAUUUUUUCGAAAAGAUGACUCCUGAUUUGCAAGGUCAACCUGAAUGGAAAGAAUGGUUUGCCAUUCCUUUCAUUAAGAAUGCUGAUGAGCAUCCUAGUUUUUCUGUCUACUUUUCUCGCCAGUGGCAAGAUACAAUGUUACUUUCUUUACACAACUUCGUUAGUGUGGUUUUCCAAAGUGCAGCUAUGCCCACUUUGCUUAGCUACGAGGAAGAAUUACUAAAAAUUCAGCAGUUGACAGAAGAAAAUGAAGCCCUGAAAAAGAAGGUAGCUUCUCUACAAGCUGGGGAGCCAGUUGAUGCAAUGAAGUCUACAAAAGAUGAUAAUUAUGAGAUGCAUGCACGAACUGGAUUAAUGGAUGACUUUUAUGUCAUUGCUCAAGAAACACCUCCAGAAACUACUGGACGGUCAAUAAAAUCAUUAAUUCGAAACAUUAGUGGAGGUCUUCCAACAUCACCUGUCAUGGGUAGAAGAACAACAGAAGUUCGUAAACCUGAUGAAACUUCAAAUUUGUCAAAGCUGAAUAAGUUGAAACCAAGAUCACCUAGUGUUCCUCCUCGACCAUCAGGAAGUCUUUCUAUUAUUGAAUCAUCAAAGUCUAGGAAAGAUCCUUCUGAACCAAACAAAUCUGUUUCUAAUGAGGAAGGUAGUUCUCCUCAAAGGAAACAAACAAAGCCUCAGUUCAAAGCUCAAAUAAGUUUGCCUUCUUCUAUGCAAUCAUCUUUGCCCUCAAUAUGUGAUGAAAAAAGUGGGUUUAUAAUUUUGAGUCGAGAAAAAUAUGCUGAACAUAAUUCUUUGAUUUCUCAUUGCAAGUUCAAUUGUUCUGGCACAUUAGUUGCCAGCUCCGACAUGGAUGGAGUUGUAAAAAUAUGGAAUGCUAUUCCUUCUAUAUCAACUAUAUCAACAAUAAUGUCAAAGACAAGUGUUCUGUCAUUAGAGUGGGGUUGUAAAAGAGAACGACUGCUACUAUAUGGUGGAACAACGGGCAUAGUUAGAAUAUAUGAUACAAAGGAGAGAAGAGUAGUGAAAGAAGUAUUUACAGAUAAUAACAGUGCUAGUAAUCAAAGGGUUAUUUGCAUUUGUAGUAAUCCUCUAGGAACAAAUUUUAUUACAUCAACAAGUAUUGGUGAAGGUGGUCAGCUUUCUUUGUGGGAUGUGAAAACACUAGGAUUAGAGUGGCAGCUUCCACGAACUUCAGAUACCUCAUGUGCAUAUUGUUGUUCUUUUAAUCAUAAUGGACAGUUGUUACUUAUUGGUUCAUCAGACGGGACUUCAAGUAUAUUAGAUUUAAGGACAGCAGAAAGUAUAGCAUCUUGGACAUCACAUUCCACAAAUGUUCUCUCAACAGAAUUCAGUUUAGAUGAAACUACAUGUUACACUAUGGGUUCUGAUGGAAAGUUUUGCUCAUGGAGUGUCAACAAAACUGGUCGUAAAAUAGAUGAAUUUCCAAUACAUCCAGAAGCCAUUCCAGCAGAAACACCAACUAACUCAUUUGGAAAAUUAUUUUCAUUCAAUAAUGAUGGAAAUUAUGUUUUGACAUGCGGUCCUCUUGGGGGAAUAAUAUAUAAGGUGUCUGGUUCAUCAUUUACAUCUGUUCUAGACAUUGGUGGACACACUAAAUCAGUAAAUACAGUCGACUGGUGUACUGCUAUGGAAAGUAGUACUUGUAUUUGUGGAACUAUUGAUGGGAAAGUUAUCGUUAGUACACUGUUGAACCAAUGAUGUUUCCUUUUGAAAAAAAAAAACUAUAUUAUACAUUCCACUGUUGUAUAUUCAAAUAAAAAUAUUUAUUGUAAUGAAUAUAAAGACUGGAGCCUUGUAGUUGUGUAUGUUUAAAGUUUGGUGUUAACUCUAAUCGAAAACAGAUGGCAACUUUCAAUA